CUACUAAUCAGGAUAUUUCUCAAGAAAGAGAGAGAGCGAAAGAAAGCAAAAGCAAACCAACCAACUACAGAAGUGAACAUGUCCAGCUCACUCCACCUCAUCUUCUCCGUCUUCCUCAUCUUCGUCGUUGCGACCAUUUCUCCAAUCUUUGCGACCGACCACAUUGUUGGAGCUAACAAGGGCUGGAAUCCCGGCAUCAACUACACACUUUGGGCCAACAACCAGACCUUCUAUGUUGGCGACCUUAUUUCAUUUAGGUACCAAAAAAAUCAGUACAAUGUGUUUGAGGUGAACCAAACUGGAUAUGAUAAUUGCACAACUGAAGGUGCAUUGGGAAACUGGAGCAAUGGUAAAGAUUUCGUACCCCUCAACAAGGCCAAAAGGUAUUACUUUAUUUGUGGCAAUGGCCAGUGCUUCAAUGGCAUGAAGGUCUCUGUUCUUGUCCAUCCACUGCCUCCUCCACCAACUUCACCUUCCUCAAGGGAGCUCUCCUCCAAUCAUUCCUCUGCUGCAGUGGUGCCGAGGCUGGGAUUUAGGGCUCUGGUGGUGUCUUUUGCAUUGACCUGGUUUGGAUCUGCGUGUUUCUAGUGGUGCUUGUUUGUUUUGGUUAUUGUAGCUCUAGCCUCUGGGAAGUGUAUAAUUUGUUCUUGCCUCUUAAUUUUUAAUUACUUUCUCGUUUUGAAUGUUAAUUGGAGUACUUUUAUUUGA